AUGCAGCUGCUGUUCAUGGCGUCCCGCGGCGACGCGCGAGGGGUCGAGGAUUUGUUGAACGAAGGGAUUGAUGUCAACAGCAUUGACCUCGACGGGAGGACCGCGCUCCACAUUGCCGCCUGCGAGGGACACGCAGAGGUCGUCAAGCUUUUGCUCAACCGGAGGGCCAGUAUAGACGCUCGCGAUCGUUGGGGGAGCACUGUGAGUCCCUUAUUGCUUCCCUUCUUUGUUCCCCUCUUCAAUUUGGGUAAUGGAUGCUGUUUUGGGUAA